UAUCAACAAAAGGUUGGGUUCUGGGGUUUUUUGAUGUUGAAAGAUCACUGAAAUUUCUACAUCUCGGCUCUCGCUUCAGACUCAAGUUGUUUUCCCAAAGAUCAAUCAAUCUUUUACUACUACCAUUUCAGUAAACCACUGGAUUUAUUCCAUAAGCCAACCUUACAAGUAAACGUGUACUAUUAUAAAGAAGAUAAUAAACAAUUAUUACAGCUUCCAGUCCCUUGUUUCAGCUGGCGAAGUUCCACUCCCGACGAGCCUUGUUGAAAAAAAAAAAUUCUGACAUGGCAAAAAAAACUACAGGAAGCUUUUGACAUAUUCUUCAACGUGGUGAUUGAAGAACCAUCCCAAACAGUCUGAUCCAUCAUUCAAUCUUUAUGUUCUUUUCAUGAUAUGACAUGCUAACUUUAUUAAUUUCCCUCCUCAUUCCAUUAUUCUUGUACCUUAAAUAUAUUCCUACUUCAUUAAACAACUUCGGGACAUAUUAUUCAGAGUUAGUACCCAAUGAACAUAUUCGAGAAAAUGCUACUUUCUUAACACUAUGUCGAAAUUCAGAUUUAUAUCCAAUGUUGGAAACUAUUCAAUCGAUAGAAGAUAGGUUUAAUAAUAAAUUUCAUUAUGAUUGGGUAUUUCUAAAUGAUGUUCCAUUCACACAAGAGUUUAAAGAAUCAGUAACACCAAUGAUCUCUGGGAAUGUUAAGUUUGGAACAAUUGAAGAAAAACAUUGGUCAUAUCCUGAUUGGAUUGAUCAAGAACGUGUCAAGGAAUCAAUGGAAACUUUGAAAGAUCGUGUUGUUUAUGGCGGUUCUGAAUCCUAUAGACAUAUGUGUCGUUGGUAUAGUGGGUUUUUCCAAUGGCAUGACUUGAUGUUGGACUAUAAGUAUUAUUGGAGAGUUGAGCCUGAGAUCAAAGUGUUUUGUGAUAUUGAUUAUGAUGUUUUCAAGUAUAUGAGGGAGUUUGGUAAAAAAUAUGGAUUCAUUAUUUCAAUAUAUGAGUUUAAAGUCACCAUACCCACUUUAUUUGGAAAAGUUUUGGAGUUUAUCAAUGGUGAUGAACAAGUCCAAGCCAGCUUACCAGAUGAUAACUUGAAAGAUUUCAUAAUUGAUGAAGAGGGUGAUUAUAAUUUAUGCCAUUUUUGGACCAAUUUUGAAGUGGCAGAUCUAGAUUUCUUUAGAAGUGAUGAGUUCAAAAAAUACUUCAAGUUUUUAGAUGAAUCUGGGGGAUUUUUCUAUGAUAGAUGGGGUGAUGGACCCGUUAGAAGUAUAUUCACAAGUCUAUUUUUGAAAAAAGAUGAGAUUUUCUGGAUUAAAGAUUUUGGAUACAUCCACCCACCAUAUAUGCAAUGUCCAUUGGAUAAAUCCACUAGGCUAGCCAAACAUUGCUCGUGUGAUCCUAAUGAAGACUUCACAUUGAAUGAUUAUAGUUGUACUUCAAAGUAUUUAGAAUUGAUGAAUAAAAGAGCCAUAUAGUGUUGAAACUAGAUUAUAUGACUAGUUGAGAUGUAUAUACCUCAAAUAUGAUGAAAC